GUCACUGCGUCCUACUCAACUUCUUGCCCUCCUCCGCGACAGUCGUCGAAUCUUCCUCCUCCUCUAUCCUUUCAAAACUAUAACUAGUGCGCGCGAGCUUGUCCUUGCACGGAGGAGUUGAGAGGGAGAGGGAGAGAGAGAUGGCGGGGUCCUGGGCGGAGGACGACUACGACUACCUGUUCAAGUUGGUGCUGAUCGGGGACUCCGGGGUGGGCAAGUCCAACCUCCUCUCCCGCUUCACAAAGAACGAGUUCAACCUCGAGUCCAAGUCCACCAUCGGCGUCGAGUUCGCCACCCGCAGCAUCUCCGUCGACGGCAAGGUCCUCAAGGCCCAGAUUUGGGACACCGCCGGCCAAGAGAGGUACCGUGCCAUAACAAGUGCUUACUACCGUGGAGCCGUGGGUGCAUUGCUUGUUUAUGAUGUCACUAGGCGCGCCACAUUUGAGAAUGUUUCGCGUUGGCUGAGGGAGCUGAAGGACCACACGGAUCCUAACAUAGUUGUCAUGCUGAUCGGGAACAAGUCAGAUCUCCGUCACCUUGUUGCUGUUCCAACUGAAGAUGGCAAGGGUUAUGCGGAGAGAGAAUCCUUAUAUUUUAUGGAAACAUCUGCACUGGAAGCAACAAAUGUAGACAAUGCAUUUGCAGAAGUCCUGAGUCAGAUUUACCGAAUUGUCAGCAAGAGAGCAGUCGAGGCAGGUGAUGAUGCAGCAUCUUCUUCUGUUCCUAGUAAAGGUGAGAGAAUAAAUGUGAAAGAUGAUGCUUCUACACAGAAGAAACUUGGUUGCUGUUCAACUUAGGUAAUGUUGAUGUUUGCUUAAUGGUUUCUCCUUUUUGUGUAAUAUUUGAGUUCCUUUAUCUUCUUUUGAAAUUAACAAUUCUGGAUCUGAAUUUGGACUGUCUGAUGUUUUGUUAUCAUGGUAUUUGUCACUGAAA